GGAUAAGCUACCCAUUUAAGGUAUGCUGCAGGUCUUGCGUGCGAAGGAUGAUUUGUUUAUAAAAGUGCUUGCCUCGCAGAAGUCAAGCUAUGGUACCUCCAGCCAUCCUCUUCUUCAUAUCCUUGGCAGUUCUCCUCCAUCGCUGAUCUCUCCAUCUGACCCGCUGUACAAAGUUAGAAGCUCUGUCGAUCUCAAAUCAAUUGCAAUCAUGGCCCCCAAGACCCUCCUGCUCGCCCUCGGCGCCGCCAACUUUGCGUCUGCUCAUUUCGGUCUCGCAUACCCCUCAUGGCGCGCUGAUACCCUCAGCGGAACGAACCUGACGGGUUACUCUCAGUGGACUUACCCUUGUGCCGGCGUCCCCUAUGGCAGAGGCAACGUCACAGACUGGCCCCUGGACGGCGGCUCCAUCGAGCUCGACCUGCACCACGACUGGACCUACGUCUUCAUCAACCUCGGCCUCGAGUCCGGCGGCAACGUCACAACGCACAACAUCACCCUGACCCCGCAGUUCUGGAACGCUACUGGCUCCGGCACCCUCUGCGUUGAGAAGCUUGCGCUGCCGACGCCCGCAAAGGAUGGUCAGAGGGGAAGUAUCCAGGUUGUUACUGUUGGCGAGUCUGGAUCUGGACUCUACAACUGCGCCGACAUCCGCUUCACCUCAAACGCCACCACCCUCCCCUCGGAUCAGUGCAAGACGGAGGGCGUAACGGUCCACACGAUCAAGGAGCAGAGCGCCAACGGAACCAACAGCACCAGCGGGAACAGCACCGGCAACUCCACCUCCGGGAGCGGUUCCAGCGGCGCAGCAGGCAGCGGAGCCCACAUGCUCGCUCUCUCGUCGGUCGUUGGUCUCAGCAUGGCAUUUGUCUUCGGCAUGAGCCUGUAAGACUAUGUACCGGCCGCGGAGAGCGACACGGGGAGGUAAAGAUAAUGUCUUCAUCUGACAUUUAUCACGGAAGAGGGGACAGCAUGAGAAAUGUGUUUGUGCUUCUAAUGUACAUGAAUGCUUGAUACCAGUGCAUCCUCUGGACGACCGAUAUGAUAAUGAAAAGGAAAUUUCUCAAAAGAUGCUAUGCUCAGAUAUAUGUAUGUGUAUAUAUGAGAUGCGAACCAUGUCCAAAUAUGACCAAAUGCAGUGCGGCCUGACCUGCGUCAAUGUUACUGAACGAGGCCGGCGUGAAUCCCCAAAACCAAUCAAUCAAAAAGCACUUACUCAAAACCAUGCAUGCUACUUUCUCAACAUCAGUGGUAUCUCUCGCAAACAUCAUGCAGCUUCAUGCCCGCACUGCCGGAGCAGUGACGUCUAUCUCGACCGAAACGACAACGUAUAAUCCAGAUUAAAUCCAUGCCAGAACAUAAGAAAAAGGUGCUGGUGAUCGCAGUCGAUCACCUCUUUGCGAGAGCCUGCUGUUCCAUAACAUAUAGCUCUCUCACAACGCGGGCCAUGGUGAUGCGCUGUGUCGGCGCGGGUAUCAACAUAUCAGAAACAAGCCGCUCGAGCUUGUCGCGCGGGUAAAGCUUCUCCCUCGCCACCGCAACCUCGCUCAGCCAUCUGUACAUCUGAUCCACAGCAGGGCAAGGCUGGGCGGGGCCCCUCUGCUGCGGGUUCGGCGGGGGCGGGGGUCGAUUCACGUCGGCAAUCAUCCAGUACAGCGCCGUCUGCUUCGCCUGCUUCCGCGAGCGUGCGUCCGGGAAGGGAAUCUUGCCGAGGACGUAGAGCAUCGUCACGCCGAGCGCCCAGACAUCCGACGGCGGGCCACGGAGCUUCUUGCCGAUGAACUCGGGCGGGAUGUAGUACGGCGUGCCACCCGUCGUCACGGGCCCGCUGGUGUGCGUCGAAAGGCCAAAAUCGCAGAGCACGGCGCCGCGGGAGGGCGAGUAGAGGAUGUUGGCGGGCUUGAUGUCGUUGUGGACGAGGUUCUUGCUGUGAAGAUAGUGCAGGGCGCCGCUGAUGUCGCGCGCGAUGGCGAAAGCGUCGGCGCGGUCGCCGAGGAAGCUGUGAUCCAGCUGGGAGCGCCAGACGCCCUUUGCGCUGAGGUCCUUUGCGUCGACGUGCUCCAUGUAGAGAGAAAGGUAGCGGGCAUCGCCGCCGUAGAGCUUUACGAUGGACUCGUGGCGGAGGUCAUCUUGGGAUUGGUACUCGCGGAGCCACAUGUCGGCCUGCCGGAUCACGUUGCGCUCGUUGUUAUCCUGGGGCUUUGAGGCGGUGUUGGCGGUUGCGUUGGCGGUGCGGGUCUUAAGGACUUUGACGGUGACGAUGCCGUCUGGGACAUUGGAGUGCUCUGCGGUGAAGACGGAGGAGAGGGCGGUGGAGGCGAUUUGGUCGCGCUUGGAGACUGUGUACUCGUCGAUCUCGCAGCCGCCGGGGAUGACGACCGUCUCGUCCUUUUGCAUGUCCAGGAGGGCGUGGCCGUUUGUCGCCACAAGCUCUCUGCCCUUGGCUUCUGUGGGCAGGGGAAAUACGAGGGGUUGUGCUUGUGGUCUGAGGAACAUGAUGACGCCGUCUUCCUUUUCCUUCUUCACCAUGCCGGCCUCCUCCGUCGUACGAGCCUUCUUCUCGGACCGUGGCUCACCAUCGUCGGCGGUGAAUGACCGCUUACCAGAGGCGUUGAGGGCAUCCGAGUUUGAGCUUGAGGGGAGUUCGUCUUUGAGGUCCGAGUCGGCAUGUUUGAAGUAGGCGGGCCGCUUCUCCAGGAUCCUAAAGUCGAGCACUUCAACAUCGCGAACGUUUAUCCUCCAUGUUCCUGGUGACAGCGCCUUGGGGGCUCCCGGAUUGACUCCCCAGCUGGCGCAAGAACCUGGACCGUCGGAUAUCCUCGUUAAUGAGAUGGGCACCUCGGACCUGUUCAGUAGGAUCUGGUUAUCGCUCGUCGGAUCAUAGUAGAGCUCGCACCACAGUGGUGGGCGGGGCGUGUUGUCGUCCAACCGCUCCGGCGGGAUGCGCACGGAGAACUUGAUGUCCCGGGACGUCUGGGAGACGGCGAGCACCUUGUGCUGAGGUUCCUGCUCAGAGGCAACCUCGGCGCGGAGGGCGAGCCACUGGCAAUUGUAGUUGCCCGGGCUCACCGAGCGGCUCCGAGUAAGGGGUCGGACGAGUAUGCGGAUGCCCUGCUUGUGGUGGUGCUCCUCAACACGGAGCUUGUCGAGCGGCACGGGGUCGCCCGAGAUGAGGUCAAAGGGUUCCUCUACGCGGAUGUUUCUCAUACGGGCAUCGAUUUCAGAUUGAGAGAACGGUUCUGUCUUUUCUUCCGACGGCUCCUCCGAGCCGCGGAUCCGGCGGUCUCCCAUCAAGCAAGGGAAGGGAUGACGAUGUUGCCUAGCCUCCCGUGGCCCAUGCGCGGUUCGAUUUGCGAUGGCGGCUCGGCAGCUACGGAUACCUUACAGGGAGAUGGACUCUGGGACCACGCCAGGCACUCCGGACGGCGGGUCGUGGGGUGAGAGGUGUGAGUCGUCGUUGUCGUCGCAGUGGCAAUGAGGUGAGUGAGUCUGGCCGGGACGGGUUGGCCUGGACACGUAAGUUUGGUGUGAGGUAAGAUGUCGUCUAUCCUGGUAUGGCCAGGCAGACAGGCGAGUUGAGUGAGAGUGAGAUGGUGCGCGGCAGGGUGAGCGUGGUUAGAUCUUUUGCGAUGGGCAGGGUUCAGAGCGCAGCGGUCUGUAGGUUGGCCGAGGCGUGAUUUAUGAAUGGGGAAAAGGGGAAAGGAACAGGAGGAGAGAAACAGUUUCUCUGCCAGGUACAGAUGCAGGAACAGCACGGCAUUAAUGAGCCUCCUGAGCACUGCCAACAAGCUGUUCUGUCGGAGUGUUGGAGAAGGGCAGACGGACAGAAGUCGACGUCAGAUGAACAAAUGGACAGAUGAGCCCAAUGUCAACUGGAGAGCAGACGACGGCGGGGAACGGGAUAAACGGGGAGUGAACGGGGUUGAGCUGACUUGAGCUGACGGGGGGAGGGACCUUGGGACCUUAUGGGAGGGCCUGCUGAUGGAGUCUCAGCCUCAAGUAGUUUAUCGGCCGACCAGCAGGGCAAAGAUACUAAUUGUAAGAUUACGCUGCUCUAGCAGCAACUUGAGUGUUUGAGUGAGAUUCGCUCAGUGUCAGCACGUUCAGCGAUAUCUUUGUGUGUGGCCGCAACUAAGGACGAAACACACGCACUGAGUACGGAAGAUGAGUUUGGAACGCGCGCAUAUCCCUAGGUUUAAAGAGUCAUCGAACCCUGUGGAACGAGACUGGUGCCUAGGGCCGGUUGGCCUUGGUCUUGGAGAAGAGGUGAGGGGAAGAGGAAAAUCGACUGAAAUGAUGGGCUGGCCGGGCUGCAGGGCUUCCAACCAGGCAUGGCGCUGG